GGCGCACCCCGCUCCGGAGCUGGGAAACCCCGUGCCACGUGAUAAUGUUUACUUUAACCCGGACAAUCGGGGCGACUGUCGGCGACUAUCGGCGGCUAUCGGAGGCUAUCGGAGGCGACUGUGUGGUCGGAGAUGUUUUACACGAUCAGUCCAUAAGCGUGUGAAUAAUAAGUGACGGGCACAGCUGAAUGAAAGAGAUGAGCCUCUCCAGGCAGAUAGCCACAGAUCUAGUGACCGCCUACAAUCACAGUUUGGAGCAGCAGAUCGUGGGACGAGGCUCCAGCCUGGUGUGUCAAGAUGAGGAGCUGUGGAAGGACGUGGAGGAGCUGCUGUUGGACGGAGACGCUCAGGAGACGCACUGCCUGGGUCUGGAUCCACUGAGGGUGAUGGAGGAGUCGCUCAAAGCUGCAGCAGCCGGCGCCGGACGAGUCAAAGCCAGAGGAGGGCUUCAAGGCCUGGCCAAAGCUUUUGAGGUUGUCGAGCAAGCGGCCUUGAACCUUUACCUCGGUCCCUGGAGGGAGGAGUACAAAGUUGUCAAGAUGUACUCCGGUAUGUUCACCCACUACAUCAAACCGGUGCUGUCGAUGCCGCAGAUCGAGAAACUGUUCGGCCUGCUGGGAUACCAGCCCGGCUCGUCUCGCCAAGAGCAGCUUCGCCUCCAGUCGUCCAGAGCCGGCCCUUCGCCCUCUCCGGGCGACCUCCUGCGCCUGUCGUGUGCCUUCUUCCUGGCUCGCUGCGAGUGUCACCUCCUGCUGACGGCUCUGGGGAAGCACGCCGGUGAGGCGCAGUGGGAGCUGAGCGUGGUGAGGGAAAGGCAGCGAGGAAGCAGCCUGCAGGUCGCCCUGGAAAACACCAAGAAGGCCUUGGAAGUUCACAAGCCACCGAUGAAGCCGUUUGAUGGAGACGUGGAGGAAGAUCUGUACACAGACGACCAGGUUAAUGGCGGGCAGAAGGUGGUGGUCGCCAAUGAUGACGAAGGUCCUCGCUCUUUAACCUGGGGGACUCCGUCACCCCAAGCCGCCAAAGCGCACAGCAACGGAGUGACUUCGUUGUCCUCCUCGACCACCAGAGAGGACGUCUGCAUCUCGACAUUCAAUUACCAGCUGACCAAGACGUCGCCUCUGGAGUCGGAGGCCACCAGGAGCUCCUCAGGCAGGUCAGCCUGUGAAGAGUCCACGUUUGACCAGGGGGACUCUCAGACGCUCAGUCUGCAGGAAGAAGCACUGGGGCUCCAGGCCAACGCCUAUCAUUUGUGCGGAUGUCUCCAGACUCCUCAUGUUAGUCUUAAACUCUGCACUGAUUGCAACAUUUUGCACAAUAUCACCUGUGCCUUGCUCAGCCAUUGCUAUGAGAACCACUAUGUGGUACGCUAUGACAAUACGACAGAAGAGGAGCGAGCAGUGUCGCCGCCGCUUGGAAGCUUCAGGCCGAGCGACGUGAACACAUCGCCGACUCUCACCAGCGGCAGCAGCGCGGCGAUGUCCUCCUUAGUUCUGCACGACGACCCCAAAUCAAUAAGUCCAUCUCUUCAUCAUCCGAUCACCUACCAUGACUGCUGCGACCUCACCCAGCUGGACCCUCAGGUCGCGUGUCUCAGCUGUGGCGUCUUCCACUCCGGUUCCUGCAGAGGCAUCGAGUUCUGCCAAAGCCACCACGACAUCAAGCCUCUGGGAGUGUGCUCAUGCGGGAGGAAGUGCUCCAGAAAGCCUCUGGUUCUGUGCAGAUAUUGCGGAAACGAGUAUUGUAGGAAUUGUUGGUAUAGAAGUCCUGUCAUGUGCGUCUGUGGCAAAACUUUUGACCAGGGGUCCUCUGUGUGAUUUGUGUUGUGGGGAAAAUAUUGCACUAACGAGGCACAACGAGCAAAGUGACAGUGCCUUAAAUAAUCUGCGUAUCGGAAAACAGAAUUGACAUUAUUGAAAAAUAUGAAUGAGAAAUUCAAAUGUUGCCUUCACACAGCGCUUCAAGUUUUUUUUUUUUAUUCUGGUCGUAUUUCUAAGACGAAAGCAUUACGAGUUAUUCUGUACGUGGCCAUGUUCACCAUUAACAACAUUUCUUAAAUAUUGUGUACUGUUCAGACUUGAAGUCGUGAUUAUAUUUGUGCUCGUUUGUCACUUAAACGUCGUUUUAACGUGACGCACAAGGAGGUCUGUCUCCAUCUGUAUUUGUUGUCUGCACAGACUGGAGUAAAAAAAAAAAAAGGUCAACGUC